AUGGGAUCUCGUUUAAAUCCUUCAAGCAAUAUAUAUAUGCCAAUGCAAAGAGGAGGAUAUUAUUUACCAAAUAUGGGACAAAUGCAACAUCCAUUGUUUAAUUAUCAAUAUCCACCAAACUCAUUCCCCCAUCUCCAACAACAAUCACAACAGCUUCAUCACCCACAUUCAGGAAAUAUACAAAAUAUACAACAAUCUCACAGUGGAUUAAGUGGUGGUAUUACUAGUAGUAGUACCAGUGGCGGUAUUGGUACAUCAAGCACAAGUAUAUCUUCAAAUAUAGGUUCCUCAAAUAAAGAUAAAGAGAAAGAGAAAGAAAAAGAGAAAGAUGCAAGAGAUAAAGAACAAAAUAUACCGAAAACAAAUACUCCAUAUACAUUAUUUGAUUCUAAAAAUAUAGAUUUAGCAUCAAGAUACUUUUCAGAGUGUUCAACUAGAGAUUUUUCAGGUUUAAAGAAAAAACCAACCUCUUUAUCAUGGAAUUGUGAUGGUACAAAAUUAGCAUGUGGUAGCGCUGAUGGUACAGCAAAAGUUUGGAGUUUUGAUAUAAAUUCUAGUGGUUCAUCAUCUUCUUCUUCUUCUUCAUCAUCAUCAUCUCGUAAUAAAGAUAAGGAAAUAGAAUUAAAAGGUCAUGAAGGAUCAAUCGAAAAAUUAAGUUGGAGCCCAAAACAUCCUGAUGUAUUAGCAACAGCUAGUUCAGAUAAAACAGUAAAGGUAUGGGAUGUAAGAACAGGUAAAUGCACAUCAACCAUAGUCACAAACGGUGAAAACAUUGACGUACGUUGGUAUCCAGAUGGUUCAUAUAUGCUUUCAUGCACACGUGACGAUCAUGUAAGUUUAAUCGAUGUAAAUACAAUGAAAAUUUUAAAGAACUAUAAAUUUAAUGGUGAAGAAUUAAAUGAAGUAACAUGGGAUAACAAGGGUCAAUUAAUGUUCAUGACCAAUGGUGCUGGCAAUGUCGAGGUUUAUAAAUUCACUCCAAGAUCGUCAACAGUUAAACAAGAGGUUGUCAAACACUUAAAGACUCUUAGUGGUCAUACUAAUAUAGUUUAUUGUUUAGAUUUCGAUCCUACAGGUAGAUAUUUUGCAGCUGGCUCCGCAGAUUCAAUCGUCUCCCUUUGGGAUAUAGAAGAUAUGAUGUGUAUUAAAACUUUUACAAAACUCUCUUUUCCUUGUAGAUCUGUAUCAUUUAGUUUUGAUGGUCAAUUUAUUGCAUCGGCAUCCGAAGAAGCAAUUAUUGAUAUUUCUCAUGUUGAAAGUGGUCAAUCUAUAUUUUCAAUCGAUUGCCCUGGUACUGCAUCAUUAAAAUGGCAUCCAACAUUACCAGUUUUAGCAUAUGCUCCUGAAAUUAAUGAAAACAACAAAGAUACUAGUAUCAAAGUAUUUGGUUUUCAUUCUUAA